AUGAGGUUUUUACUUUCACUUCUCGCGUCUUCUUCUGUGGUACAUGCACUGGGGUCCCAAAACGACAAGAAUAGCGAGAAGAACGCAGACCAAACCUACGAUUAUAUCGUGGUCGGUUCUGGACCUGGAGGCGGACCACUCGCAGCAAACCUAGCUCGCAAUGGAUACACGGUUCUACUCCUCGAUGCAGGCGACAUGCAGCCAAACAAUUCCAACUCAAGGAUGAUCGCCGAUGCGACACUUGCCAUCAACGAUCCAUUAACGCGUUGGGACUUCUUUGUGAGCCGCGACACGGAAGAAAUUGACGCUCAAUACGAGCUCACUACAUGGCGCCAAAAAAAUGGAUCAUUUUAUGUCGGCCUCGACCCACCUGAGGGCUCUGAGCGCUUGGGUGUGUACUAUCCACGUGCUGGUACAGUUGGUGGCUGUGCUAUGCACAACUCUGCCACAAUCUCUCUUCCUGCGUCAGUAGACUGGAACGAUAUUGCAGCCAUCACUGGCGACGAUUCUUGGCAAAACGAAAAUAUGCGCCAAUACCUUGUGCGUCUUGAGCGAUGCAACUACUUGCCCAAUGGAAGUACACCAGCCCAUGGUUUCAAUGGCUAUAUCGACACGUCAGCUCUCAGCAACACUUGGGCGCAGAAUACAUCGGAUGACGCCACGGUGCUCGCGGGGCUCUUGUCUGCAGGUUAUCCGGAACUGGAGGGCAUGCCCCUGCUCGACCAGCUAGGCCGCGAUGCGAAUAGCGAUGAUCCGAAUCGAGACAACCAAACUGGUGUCUUUAGAAGUUUCUCUCACUCUAUGAAUGGAACACGAUCGAGUCCACUCCAAUAUAUCAUGGCCACACUGGACGACCCACGAGACUUCCCUUUGACCUUGCAAGAACACUCUUUUGUAACCAAAGUACUGUUCUCAAACUCUACGGAUUCUGCCCCACGGGCAAUUGGGGUCGAGUACCUCCGCGGUGAAAGCAUGUAUUCAGCCGAUCCUAGAUACAACGCAAGUUCUACAGGUGAAUGGGGUCGCGCAUAUGCUUCUAAAGAAGUCAUUCUUGCUGCUGGAGUAUUCGUGACGCCGCAAAUCCUUAAACUUAGUGGUAUUGGUCCUGCUGCUGAGCUGGCUACACACGACAUUCUAUUAGUCAAGGACUUGCCAGGCGUAGGAACCAACAUGAAAGACAACUACGAGGCUGUCCUCUACGGAACCUUUGAGAAGCCCGUGCUUGGAUACUGGGAAAUGUACUACAAAACUUCAGUCGCACUUCGGUCAACUGAUAUCCAUUUCUACUGCUUCAGCGCCGAGUUCAUCGGCUUCUACCCAGGGAUGUCACGUCGCCUCCCCAACGAGUUUGAAUGCGGUUUUAUGCAGCUCCACCCUCGCAAUAUCAAUGGGAGCGUUACACUCCGAUCCAAGAAUCCCCGCGACAUGCCAAUCAUCCACCUCGGUUUCUUUCCUCAAGGCGACGACGACGACCUCAACUCGAUGGUCGAAGCCAUCAAUUUCGUCCGACCAAUUUUCAAUUCUGUGUCAAACAACCCAUACACAGAGCUCCGACCGUGUGCGGAUGGCGUUGACUGUACUGACGCCUGGCAACGCGACUAUCUCAGGAAGCAGACGUACAGCCACCAUGUCUCCGGUUCGUGUGCUAUUGGGUCCGACACGGAUCCUAUGGCAGUUUUGGAUUCCAAGUUUAGGGUUCGAGGCGUGAGUGGCUUGAGGGUUGUGGAUGGCAGCGCUUUUUCCGUGCAACCUGGUUCGGUCCCUGCGCUGCCAACGCUUAUGCUAAGCGAGAAGGCCCUGGACUCUAUUUUGGAGGAUGCGUAG